AUGGUGCACUGUGCGGGCUGCGAGAGGCCCAUCCUGGACCGCUUCUUGUUGAACGUUUUGGACAGGGCUUGGCACGUCAAGUGUGUUCAGUGCUGUGAAUGUAAAUGCAACUUAAACCGAGAAAUGUUUCUCCAGAGAAAGCAAGCUUUACUGUAAAAAUGACUUCUUCAGACGUUUUGGUACCAAGUGUGCUGGCUGCUCCCAGGGAAUCUCCCCCAGUGACCUGGUCAGGAGGGCAAGGAGCAAAGUGUUCCACUUGAACUGCUUCACAUGUAUGAUGUGUAACAAACAGCUCUCCACUGGAGAGGAACUCUAUAUCAUUGAUGAGAACAAGUUCGUCUGCAAAGAAGAUUACCUAAAUAACAACAACGCUGCCAAAGAAAAUAGUCUUCUCUCAGUGACAGGCAGUGACCCCAGUUUAUCUCCUGACUCCCAAGACCCAUCUCAAGAUGACGCAAAGGACUCUGAAAGCGCUAACAUCUCUGAUAAGGAGGCUGGGAUUAACGAAAACGAUGACCAGAACCUGGGGGCGAAAAGGAGAGGACCCCGCACCACUAUCAAAGCCAAACAGCUGGAGACUCUGAAGGCUGCAUUUGCGGCUACACCGAAACCCACCAGGCACAUAAGGGAGCAGCUGGCCCAGGAGACCGGUCUCAACAUGCGGGUCAUACAGGUGUGGUUCCAGAACCGGCGCUCCAAAGAGAGGAGGAUGAAGCAGCUGAGCGCCCUGGGAGCCCGCAGACAUGCCUUCUUCAGGAGUCCGAGGAGGAUGAGACCGCUGGUGGACCGCCUGGAGCCAGGGGAGCUCAUCCCCAAUGGGCCCUUCUCCUUCUAUGGAGACUACCAGAGUGAGUAUUAUGGGCCCGGAAGCAACUACGACUUCUUUCCUCAAGGACCCCCCUCAUCACAAGCUCAGACCCCUGUAGAUCUGCCCUUUGUAGCCUCCUCUGGACCAGCAGGCACACCACUUGGUACAAUGGAGCACCCCUUACCUGGACAUCACCCUUCUAGUGAGGCUCAACGCUUCACUGACAUCAUGUCCCACCCCCCAGGAGACUCUCCCAGCCCAGAGCCCAACCUGCCCAGCUCCAUGCACUCUAUGUCUGCAGAGGUGUUUGGUCAAAGUCCCCCCUUUUCCUCUCUAUCAGUCAAUGGGGGAGCAACGUAUGGGAAUCACUUGUCACAUCCACCAGAAAUGAAUGAAGCGGCUGUCUGGUAG